CCCCACCAUCGCGAUGGCUGACGACGCCGCGGCGGCGGCGUUCGCGCCCUCUCCCUCGCCACCGUCACCCGUAGCGCAACCUCUGCCCGACCUCUCCCCGCCGCCGCCCUUCUCCCCACCAGCCGGCACCCCUGCUUCCGGGGCGCAGACGCCGAGCCUCCCGGACACCCCGGCCUCCCUAGAUCCGGACACCCCCUUCUCCGACGCCACCCCGACCCCCGCCGACGCCUCCGACGCCGCCCUCGCUUCGGACGACGGCAUCACCAACCCGUCGGGGGGCACCGCCGGCAAGCACAUGACGCUCGCGCCGCCCGCCCCGCCCGCCAAGAAACCGUCCAAGAAGAAGGGCGGCAACAGCGUCUGGACCCGCCCGGCCUCCCGCAAGGGCAAGAAGAAGGCGAGGCAGCCGGGCGGCCUCGGCCACGGCUCCGGCGGCCCCGCCGGGGCCGCCAGAGGCUCCAACCCUAGGCCCAACGCCGGCGGCGAGGAGGAGUUCCUCCUCGUCCCCGCGACCCGCCUCGCCGCCGAGCGCUCCGACGACGCGCCCGGCCAGCCUGUGCUCCUCUCCCGCGUCUUCAAGUCCGAGCGGAUCGAGCUCUCAGAGGACCGCCUCACCGCGGCCAGCACCAAGGGAUUCCGCAUGGUGCGCGCGACCCGCGGCGUUGCGGCAGGGGCGUGGUACUUCGAGGUCAAGGUCGUGCACCUCGGCCCCACCGGCCACACCCGCCUUGGAUGGGCCACCAACAAGGCUGACCUCCAGACGCCCGUCGGCUUCGACGCCUAUGGGUUUGGGUACCGUGACGUCGAUGGCGCCAAGGUGACUAAGGCUUGGAGGGACAAGUAUGCUGAUGAAGGGUACGGGGAAGGAGAUGUCCUGGGGUUCUACAUUUCUCUGCCUGAUGGGGAGCGGUAUGAACCGAAGCAGCCUGACCUGAUUCAGUACAAGGGAAUGCCUUUUCACGUCCAAGUCCCCAAGGAGGAGCAGAAGACGCCGGAUCCUGUCCCUGGAAGUGAGAUAUGCUACUUCAAGAAUGGAGUAUGCCAAGGCAGCGCCUUCAAGGACAUUCCUGGAGGGAGGUAUUUCCCAGCCGCGUCACUGUAUACGAUGCCUAACGAGCCAAACUGUGUAGUCAAGUUCAACUUCGGGCCAGAUUUUGAGUUCUUCCCACAAGAUUUCGGAAGCCUGCCAGUUCCUCAACCAAUGAGCGAGGUAACUCAUCAGGCACUUGAAGUGAAGAACGAGGGGCCUACCGAGAAUGGCAUCGCUGAAAAAACUAGCUAGUGUAGUUAGCAUGCUUUUGUAUAACUUAUACCUAUGUUAACACUAAGCAAGUUAUGAUGUAUAAGUUAGCCGUAGCAGUUAUAUCUGACUGGAUUAAUGCUUGUGCUGUUACUAAAUGGGCUCUAUCUUCUCCUUGCCUGGGUUAAUGGUGUUAUUGUAGUGCUGCUGAUCGUGGAUAAUUGUUAACUGGUUAUGUUAUGUAAGGGCAACCUGAUCAACAAUUAAUCAUCGUCUGGUCGACCACUAGGUGACAAGGUCUGACCAAGCGCUCAAGGG